CCGUAAUAUUUACAUUUUUUUAUCGAUUUGUUAAUUUAUUUUCGUGAGAUAUCAUAAAGAAAUGGUAAAAGUUCAAACAUGGCCAUAAACUUAGCUACGCAUUGCUUGUUAUUACAAGCGGUUUGCUAAGCAGUUUGCUAAGCAGUUGUGUUUUUAGCUACCUGUAGUGCAAACUGAAGAUAUAUUAAUCCACUGAACUAUCAGGCACAAGUAAAGGAGUUAAAUAAUUUAUGGACGACAAAAUGGACGAUCCCCAGAUCAUCUUUUCCAUGCCAAAAGCUGAAUUACAUGCCCAUUUGAAUGGCUCACUGAGUCAAACUACCAUAAAAAAGUUAAUGGAUCUUAAAACGUCACAUCAAUGUGAAGAUGUAUUCCAGCUUCAGACAAUGUUUGCAACAUUGAGUGAAGAUCACAACAAAACACUAGAUGAAUGCUUUCAGGUUUUCAAAGUAAUCCACCAGUUGACUGACAGCGAACAAAGCAUUUACAUAGCUACGGUUGAUGUGAUAAAAGAAUUUUCCGAGGAAAACGUUUUGUACUUGGAAUUGCGAACUACCCCGCGUGCAAUUGACGGAUCGUUUGAAACCUACGUAAACGCUGUAAUUAGAGCAAUUGAUGACUGCCGCAAAGAAAAUGUUCCCAUCCUUGUUAAACUAUUGCUAUCUAUUGACCGAAGCAAGGGAUUUGAUACAGCAAAGAAAAUUGUAGACUUAACUAUUUCGCUCGGACAUACUCGUAACGAUGUAGUCGUCGGAUUGGAUGUUUCUGGAAACAUGGCUGACUCCGAUAUUACAGAUUAUUUCCCACUGCUUUUUAAAAUUAAGGACGCUGGGUUAAAGCUUACUGUGCACACUGCCGAAGUUAGGAAUGACGCAGAAGCCGAAGCUAUUUUGCGACUGAAGCCUGAUCGAAUAGGACAUGGAACAUUUAUUUCCCCAUCACUAACUGGUAGCUCACACUUAAUCCAUCUUCUGAAGGAGACCAAUAUCCCCGUUGAAUUGUGCUUGACUUCAAACAAAGUGUGCCAAACCGUACCUAGCUUCAAAGAUCAUCAUUGGAAGAUUUUCUUUGAUCACGGUAUUCCUUUUUCGAUUUGCACGGAUGAUAAGGGGGUUUUCUCAACCAGCCUAAGCCAAGAAUAUCUGAUCGUAAUGCGUACCUUUAAUUUGCCGCUUUCUUUGAUUUGGAGUUUCUCCUUGAGAUCGCUCGAUUAUACGUUUGCUACCGAAACCGAAAAGAUAUAUUUGAGCAAGGUGUGGGAAGAAUGGGAGCAAAACAAUACAGGUUUGAUGAGCAAUGCAGAGAAGGGAAAAAAUGUAACGUAAUACGCCUAGGUUGCAAACAGUGUUAUUUGAUUGUGAAAUAAACAUGAUUUUUCCUUUCCGAGAAACAAAAAAACAAAAAUAAAACAAAAUAUGUACAUAAAAUCAAA